AUGUUCCCUCCCGAGUAUCCGUUUGCGCCUCCUGCUAUCCGAAUGCACACCCCAAGUGGACGAUUCCAACCGUCGACGCGACUCUGCCUGAGCAUUAGCGACUUUCACCCCAAGUCCUUCAACCCCGCCUGGGAGGUCUCGACAAUCCUGAUCGGACUACUUUCAUUCAUGACUAGUGAAGAGAUGACUACGGGCAGUGUGAGCGCUACCGAGAGUGAGCGCCGAGUGCUGGCUGCGCGAUCACGGUGGUGGAACUCGACCGGUGGCGGCUCGCAUUCCAGCGCUACCCCCGGUGUGACGAAGACAACCAAAGGAAUCAAUAAUGUUAAGGCCGGGGAUGGUGGCUUAAAGUUCCGCACUGAAUGGCCCGAACUGGAUCAAGAGAAUUGGGCUUGGAUGAAAGAGCAUCGCAUUGACACUACGACCGGCCAGAUCCUCCCGGACCCCAACGCCCCUACCAAGUGCUCUCCAGAGACUAGCGCUCUCCGUCGCCGACCUAACGGUAGUGCGCCCGGGAUCGGUGCCGUCAUGGAAGGGGGACAUGUGGCUCGGGAAGCCGGACAAAGUUGGGCUCGCCGGAACCGAAUGUGGAUCGGCUUAGCCGUACUGUUUGGUUAUGCGCUCCUAUCACGACUGGUCAGUGAUGUACAAGGAUGA